CUGGGUUCGGGGUAAUGCUAUAGCGCUACUAUCAUUCUAUCUUUGUUGUUUAUUAGAUAUAAAACAAAGAUAGAAUGACACAAAUAGCGCUAAGAGCGUCUUCCCGAACGUACCUUCUGUAUUCUAGCUGGUAAACAGUCCUGUAAUCUUUUCACUAUGCUUCCACCAUACGUAUUGGAGCAUGUGACGCGAACUAACCUAUUAUAUUGAAUGCAUGCGAGCCAGAAGAAACUAAUCUCAACCGUGUUCUAUAUUGUCGAUUAUAGAAUUGAGUAGAAUUAAAUAUAUAUGUUUUUUUAUAACGCUUUUUUUUAAAUCAAAAUUUACUACGUGGCCUGUGUCAUCAAACAAGGAUACUGUCAAAUAGUGUUAAAUACGGAAAAUUUUAAUACAAAUGGAUUUACAGUACAAAACGAUUCAUCCUGUGAAAUAUUUGCAGGAUCAUCUGGAACAAAAUGUUCGGACAGAUGGUAGGAAAUUUUUGUCAUUUCGACCAGUAAGUAUAAAUGUCUCAUCAAUCGUUCAGGCAGACAGUUCAGCGAUAUUUAAAUUAGGUGACACAACUGCAGUUUGUGGUAUUAAAGCUGAAUUAGCGGCACCGAAAGCAGACACUCCGGAUCACGGUUACAUAGUACCAAAUGUGGAAUUAUCUCCUCUCUGUUCUUCAAAGUUUCGUCCAGGCCCACCAAGUGAACAGGCACAAGUGCUCUCUAAAUUGAUAGAUAUUAUUUUAAGUAACUCAGCGGCACUUGACUUAAAAGAUCUUUGCAUUUGUAAAAGUAAAUUAGUUUGGGUAUUAUACUGUGAUAUCCUGUGUCUGAAUUACAAUGGCUCAGUUAUAGAUGCUUGUACUGGAGCAUUGAUGGCAGCUCUUAAAACGUUGACUUUACCUGAGGUGAAUUAUACUAAAGAGACAGCACUAACUAUCGUAAAUCCGAAAAAUAGAAAGAAGUUUACUGUAAGAACAUUACCAAUUUCUACAUCAUUCGCAGUAUUUGAAAAACAAUUAUUAGUAGUUGAUCCAACGGAUGAUGAGGAAGAGUUGUCAUCAGGAAAAUUUUCUAUUGUGAUAGACGAUGAGGAAAAAAUUUGUUAUGUACAUAAACCUGGUGGAAUUCCAAUCUCUCAAAAUUUACUUUCCAAAGGAUUGGAAAUGGCGAAAACAAGAGCAAAGUUAGUUAGAUCGGUAAUCAACGCCGCUAUUUCAACACUGAAUGUAAAAGAUGAGGAAAUAAAUACUUGA